AUGAUUAAAAAUAUUCCAAUUGGUAGAGCUAAUGUUGCCGCUGGAAUAACUGACCCUCUUCAGUGGUCAGAAAAUCUGCAAUUAGCUGUGAACAAUGGUAGUCAGCUUACAAUAUUGGAUCCAAAGCUCCCGUUAAUUCAUCAAAGUAUAACUAGCUCAACUUAUGGUGAUGGAUCGUCUUCAUUCACUAUGCUUGAUCCUAAAAAGUUAUUUGAUAUCAGCUCUAUAUUAGACUCGGAAAGUAUUGAUGGGUUGAACUUGAGAAACUUAGAUAAUAUUAUUAUUGAAUCCGCUAAUGAGAAGUUUAGCUUCGGGAGAAUCACAGAACCGCUUAUAACCAGCCAUUAUUGGUCACCACUAAACCCUACAUCUAAAGAUUGUUACUUGGGGGUAUUGUUUAAUACAUCAGAGUUGUUGAUUUUUCAGAGAUCUAAUUUCAGGCCGAGUAACUAUGCGGUCAAGAUAAAUGUUUUCCAUGAAUUGUUAUCAAAGUUACAUCUAACAGACGAAAGCUUCUCAAAUGGAGAAAUAAGCAUGAAUUAUGAGCAAUACUUAUCCUUAAAAGUUCAAUGCUUUCGCUUUAAUCAAAUAACUGGUAAUAAUGAAACAAGACUCUUUUUAAGCUUGGGUUUGGCGAAUAACAACAUUUCGAUCUGUGAAUUAUGUGAUGGCUUACCUGUAUUCCUCAAUAUUGACACUGGUGAAACCAUUUUUAAGCACUCUUGGUCUCCCUGGCUUAUUAAAGCUGGAAAAUAUCAUAGUUAUCUCGUGGUAACUACUUCAAUGAACUCGGUGAUUUUAUAUGAACUCACAUUCGAUCCAAAUUCGAAUUCAAUUAAUAGCUCAGAACAUGUAUGCUUACAGAAAAGCUCCCGGUUUUUAAUAAGUCAAUGUGCUUUCCAUCCGAUAGGAAAUGCCAUGCUUCUCAUGAUAACUAAUACCAAAAAAUUAAAAGUUUUCACAAUUGAUACGUUGAACAAAGUUCAUGAAGCAAAUCAUGAUUUAUCUACAUCUUCAUUGGUUACAGGGACCUUCAAUGUGUCAGAAAAUGAAGCUGUCUUGGAUAUAAAUAUUGCAUUUGAGACUGGACAAUUUGAACUUGUUCUGUUUGAUUUGAAAACUAGAAGCAUUCAAGCAAAGACGCCUCAUAAUAGCUUAACCAAAUUUGUAUCGAAGAACUUACACAAGUAUCAGCUUUAUAAUUCAAAACAACAUGAUGUGGAAGAAUCGGAAAAUAAUGCGACGACACCAUUCUUAAAUAACGUGGUUGAAGGUAAUUUUAUCAAUUACUGUACAAGAUUGAAUUCAAAUGGACUUGUUUCCGUGAUUUACAGGAUUUACCCUAAGAAUGUAUUGAAUUACACAAUUUUAUCUAAGUUUGAAUUUAAUAUAGGCUUCAUUCCUAUAAGAGAAGUAUAUACACAAAUGGAAGGAACUAGACUUUCAUGUACGUCUUUAAGUUACUUGAAUCAGUUGUGGUUCAAUAAAUAUAAUGAAAUUCCCAAAUUUCCAAAAUUGAUUAGUGAUAAUAAACAAGACGAAAUCAAUUCAUUUAUUGAAAGCAUUCAAAGUUUUAGAAAAAAUAACUUCAUUGAUAUAAGUGGUGCCGCUAUUGAUAUAAACAAUAUAGCGGACUUGAGAAAAUACUUGAUUGUAAAUUUUGUUGAAAAUGAUACGAUUAAGAAUUUACAGUAUUUGUUUAACUUUAAUACUAUCGUGUCAAAAUCCUUAAGUAUCUUAACAUCCAAAUUUCCUGAUACCAAUAAUAUAAGUGAAGUUGAACGUCAAAUUGAUCGUGAGCAGAAACAAAUCGAAAGAAUCAUAAUAAAGCACCUAUGCAAAUUGAUAAUAUCCUUUGUCAAUCAAUAUAAUCCUGAGAUAACUUCUAACUUGGAUCAAUUCAUAGUUAUUAAUUAUUACCUACUUAUGUCAGAAACCGAUACAACAUUCGAAUCAAAGUUCCCAAUAGAAACCGAAAUCAAAUUAACCACUAGAUUUUUUGAGGAAUCGUUCAGAGUGUCAGUUAAUGACAUUAUAGACGACAAUACUACUGAUAUGACUACUUCCACCACAAACCAUAAAUGGAGUAGAUGCAAAUUAACAUUUUUGCCAAUAUUGGAGUUGAAAAAUAAAGUGGAUGAAUUAAAAAUGUUUAACUAUAUAAUCUAUGAACAUAUGCCUAAAGAGAGCUGGAUAAUAAAUACGUUGAUGGAAACCCUAGAUUUCUGUAUAUACAGUGGAAAUAAAAAAUAUGAGAUCAGUUAG